UUCUUCAAUGAAAUGGCAAGUUGUUGUGACAUGAAAGGGAAGUUUGGGCUGUUUCCAUUUUCACAUGGUAUGGUAUUAUGAUCACCGUUAAUUAUUAUUUGCCCAUACGCACGAAAGUGAUGUUACGGAUACUUAGGCAAAUAAUAUACCAAAAAUGAGAAACGCAUGCUACACUAUUUUUUAAUAUAUUUUUAAUUAAUCAGUUUCUUAAAUAAUUAAAUUUUUUUAAAACAAUAAGUUUAUUAUAAAAGUAUUUUGACCACUGUCAAAUUAUUAAAAGAGAUAAAUAUUUUUAUUAUCACUAAAUAUAGUUUAAAUUAAUAUUUGAAUGAAUAUAAAUCUAUAUUUACUUUAACAUGAUUAAUUGUUACUUUUAUAUGUAUAAAUUUUUUAACUUUAAAGCACUUGCGGAGAAAGAGUGGAUACAGAAUGACGUAAAGCAAAGGAAAUAGUAUGAGAGAAGAUUUAUGACGAAAAUAGCCCUUAGCCAAAAGUUGUGUGUGAAGAGUGAUGACGCCACUCAGGACGCAAGCAAGGCCCAGCUUGUGAUGCUGACGCCAUCUCUGACGUCGGCAAAACCACUUCACCUCCCCAUCGACACGCCCUCUUCGGAGCUACGCAUACACACACACAGACACUGUUCUCUCUCAAACUUUCUCCCUCAUCUCUUUGACAACGAAAAACGAAACUUCGGGGAUGGUGUGUCCUUGACCUGCACGGCCCAGUGACGUUAUCAUUCCUCUUGCCUUUCUCUCUCCCAUUUCUUUCUUUUUCCCAAAUUUCCUCGAUUUUCAUGUUUUGACUUCCAACUCUCUCUCUAUAUGUUUUACCCGUCUUGCACGCUGAUUCUCUUUCUUCUCUCUCUGGCCUUCUGCCCAUCAAAGUUCUAACUUUUUCUGAUCUGGAUGGAUCUGAUUGGGAAAGUUGGGAGCUUGGUUUUGGGGGGUGGCGGUUUUUCUUCUCUCCCACUUUUUUUGGGCUUUGUAGCAUGCUUGUCUAAUUGAAAAGUGAUAUAUUUUUUAAAAAAAAAAACUAAUAUAAAAUUUUCUGUUUUUCGGUUUUCAGUUUGGGAUCAGUUUUGGGUUUUGUUUGAUUAUGCUGUUUUGGUGGCUCUGGAAGUUUAAACAAGGGACUUUUUGAUGUUUUUGCACUUUUUCUGUGCUAAGGUUUUGCAGACAUAUCAAAUAUUUGUGCUUUUUUCUUAUGUCUCUGUUUAAGCUUGGCUCUUGAAAGUUGAAAUAGAGAAUGACUCUUUAGCUUUUGUCUUUUGAUGUUAAGGAACUUUGUUGGAGGGUGUUUCCAAUCCAUAGUUGAUCCAUUGUGAAGGGUUGGAUCAGAUGUCAUGUGUUUUUAUGACAUAAGAUUUUGUUACCAAGUGCUAACACACGUGUAUACAGAUCAGUGUACUGUUUAUCGUAUAACCAGCAUCUAUAGUUUCUUUUUAUAGGUUGACUUUGUUCUUAUGUCUUUGCUGGAAAAUUCAGGGUCUUGAUUAGUAAAGUAUCAUAUUCCUUCCAUCUGUUAGUGGUUUUAGAAGUUUUUGGGACUCUUGUUAGGAACUUCGAAGUGUGAAGUUCUUUGACGAAUAAGAAAUGUUCUAUGUUCACUGAGGUUAUCAAUCAAGUUGAUAAAUGGCUCAUUCAGCUGAACCCUCAUCAUCUUUGAGCUUUACAUCAUCUUCCCAUUUAUCAAAUGGUUCAGUUAGUCACAAUAUGUGCUCUUCAAAUGGCUCUGAUCCUGGACCUAACCUUGAGGUUAUCAGUUUGAGUAGGCUUAGCUCCAACUUGGAGCAGCUUUUGAUUGAUUCUGAUUGUGAUUAUAGUGAUGCCGACAUCAUUGUGGAAGGAAAUGAGGUCGGUGUUCAUCGAUGUAUUCUGGCCUCUAGGAGUAAGUUUUUCCAUGAAUUGUUCAAGAGGAAGGAAGGAUCAUCAGAAAAAGAAGGAAAAUUGAAGUAUUGCAUGAGUGAUUUGUUGCCUUAUGGCAAUGUUGGAUAUGAGGCCUUCCUCAUAUUCCUGGGCUAUAUAUAUACUGGUAAACUCAAGCCCUCUCCAAUGGAGGUGUCAACAUGUGUUGACAAUGUGUGUGCCCAUGAUGCUUGUAGACCUGCAAUUAACUUCGCUGUGGAGUUGAUGUAUGCCUCUUCCAUUUUUCAAGUACCAGAGUUGGUAUCCCUUUUUCAGCGACGUCUUCUUAACUUUGUAGGGAAAGCUCUUGUGGAAGAUGUCAUCCCAAUCAUCACAGUUGCAUUCCAUUGUCAAUUGAGUCAACUUGUUGCUCAAUGUACUGACAGGGUGGCCAGAUCAGACCUUGACCAGAUUUCAAUUGAGAAAGAGCUUCCCCAUGAGCUCUCAGAAAAAGUUAAAUUGCUCCGCCCCAAUCCUCUGCAAGAAGUUGAAAAUGAUGCUUCUGUAGAGGAUGCUUUGUCUCAAAAACGAAUCACUAGAAUACACAAGGCAUUGGACUCCGAUGAUGUUGAGCUUGUUAAACUUCUUUUGAAUGAGUCAAAUGUUACUUUAGAUGAAGCCAAUGCUCUCCAUUAUGCAGCAGCAUACUGUGACCCCAAGGUUGUUUCUGAGGUACUUGGCUUGGGUUUGGCUAAUGUCAAUCUUCGAAAUUCUCGUGGGUACACAGUGCUUCACAUUGCUGCCAUGCGUAAGGAGCCUUCCAUUAUAGUAUCCCUUCUUACCAAAGGCGCUUGUGCAUCAGAUGUGACUUUUGAUGGUCGGAGUCCUGUUAGUAUUUGUAGGAGGUUAACAAGGCCAAAGGAUUAUCAUGCAAAAACAGAACAGGGGAAAGAAACUAACAAAGAUAGGAUAUGCAUUGAUGUUCUUGAAAGAGAAUUGCGUAGGAAUCCAAUGGCUGGGGAUGCCUGUAUGUCUUCCCAAACCAUGGCUGAGGAUCUCCACAUGAAGCUACUAUACCUUGAGAACAGAGUGGCAUUUGCAAGACUAUUCUUCCCUUCAGAAGCCAAACUAGCCAUGGACAUUGCACAUGCUGAGACCACAUCAGAGUUUGCUGGUCUUUCUGCAUUAAAAGGUUCAAAUGGCAACUUAAGGGAGGUUGAUCUUAAUGAGACUCCCUUAGUGCAAAAUAAAAGACUUCUUUCUAGGAUGGAAGCCCUUAUGAAAACGGUGGACAUGGGGCGGCGGUACUUUCCUCAUUGCUCAGAAGUGCUGGAUAAGUUCAUGGAGGAUGAUCUGCCUGAUUUGUUCUACCUUGAGAAGGGGACACAAGAAGAGCAGAGAAUCAAAAGGAUGCGUUUCAUGGAGCUUAAAGAUGAUGUCCACAAAGCUUUCAGUAAGGACAAGGCUGAGUUUAGCCGCACUGUCAUCUCUUCUUCUUCAUCCUCAUCAUCCCUCAGAGAUUCUGUACAUUACAAGUCUAGAAAACUGUAAUCAAACACACCCUACUCUUUUUGUUUGUCUUACAUAUAUAGCGCAAAUUUUAAAGGUGUUAGAUACUUGCCUACUCAUCUGUAAAGUUCUCUUAGCAGCAAAGUUGAUCUCUUUCUACUUCCUAUGUAAUCAACAUCCACAAGUGUUUUGAAAAUAUUUUCAUAUACAUUUUGGUGGAGAAAGCCAGAGUAACUUUUUAGAGAGAAAUAAAAUAUGCAAGGUCUACUUUUAAUUCCAUGCACUACUAAUUGUAUUACUAUUAUUUGUUGACUUUGAUUGCUGGAUAUGUAUGUUAAACUAUUUAAUAACAACAUUGAAUCCACAGUUCAGAAGAUAUAAAUUACAGAAUAUUUUUAUAUUACUUUGUCAAAGAAUAAAGUUAGAUGUAUCAU